AUGGAUUCCAAGCGAUUUGUCACUAAGGCAAAGGACAUUGGAUCAGGAUCAAGAUCAACACAGAGGGACUUAAGCCAACUUACAGAUGUACUUCUUUCAUUUUUUAAAACACUGGGACUUGAAACGUACUACCCAAACAAGCUGACUCUGAGGUCUUUACUAGAAAUCAACAGUGCCACUGUGGCUGGUGAAGAGAUUGACUCACUGCAAGCAAUACCAUGGGCCUUUCUAAGAAAGUUACUGAUGGUUAAUUCGAAAUCAAGAUCUUUGUUAUCUGCACUUUGUGAAAAUGAUGAGGGAGAUGACUUGUUUAGUGAAGAAGACAGUGAUUGUAGCCUUAACCUUCUGGAUCUUCACACUGCCCUCUUUUUAUGUUCAGAUAGUUUUCUCCAGCAGGAAAUAGCCCUGAAAUUGUCAAUGUGCCAGUUUGCAGUACCAUUUGUGUUACCUCAAGGAAUACAUAAUCAGUGCACUCUUAUGUUAUGGGCACUUCGAGGUAUCAUGAAAGAAUGGCGUCCACAUUCAAUGUCAGAAUCUAAAGGCUUUCUCGAAGACAGUGUUGUUAAUGCAGACAUUCCCUUGAUAUCAUUUGUAAGGUUAAAUAACAGCAGCUUGUCCAAGUCCCAGGUUUUAAACCAAGUGCUUAACAAUUCAGAGCAGCAUCAUGACUUCUUUUCUCAUCGUGACAUGAUCGGAGGAUCUGCUCCCAAGUUCAUCGCUAACGGCCUGAUUGAAAUAUGCUGGAGUCUUCCAUCUGGGAAUAAUAGCAUUGAUGUCUUUCCUGAAGCAGUGGCAAUUGCUAAUUUAAGAGGAGGUGUGUCCACUUCUGAAACUCAAUUCAGUUUCCUUACUCAGGUGUCAACAGCUGUCUUUGUGUUUCUGGACAGUGUUGAAGAAAAGGAGCAAAGGCUAUUUGCCUCUUUACAAGGAAUUAAGUCCAAGUUAUUUCUUGUGGUCAACCCUCAAAGAAAUAUAAAUCAGAAUGUGAAGUCAGCAAUUGAAGCAGCAAUUGUAACUCUGAAACUUGAAAGAGACCACAUCAUUAAGAAAAGCCAAAAAGUGAAUUUGGCUACUUUUGCAAAAACUAUCAAUUCUGCUAUUAAGAGUGUUAUACUGAAUAAAAGUCAUAAAUCAUGUAGUAUCAAUUCCAUGAAGGACAUUGCUCAGGGUGUAGGUUUAGCUGUUGAUGAAAUUCAGAGAAAAGCCUGUGUAGUGGCAGAAGCAGCUGCAGAACAAGUUGUAAAAACUAUUGGAGUUCGUCAAAUAACAGACUAUAAAAAGACACAGUUGCCACUACAAGGUGAAAAUUGGAAAAAACUGGCAAAAAUAGAGAAAGAGCAAUGUAGGUUAAGAAAUUCAGGAAAAUGGAGCUUGGAGGAGUAUAAAGUUCAACUUGAAAAAGAAAAAGAUAAAAUCUGGAACAAACAAAGCCAGUACAAAAUGACAAAAACAAUGGAGCUUUACAUAAAUUCUUUGUUGAGCAUUAAUGACACUGAGCGAGCUUUCUUCCUGAAAUGGCUGGGACUAAAGAUGGACAUGCGAUCUCGCAAAAACAUGUCAAGCCUUCGCCGCAGAUACAAGGAAUGUGAACGAAAGAAAGACAAAGAUGGUAUAGCUCGAUUAGACCAGGACCUUCUUGAUUGCUCACUUGGCAUAGAGCACUACAUGAGGGAAAUGGGACAAAUCUAUGAGUCUGUUUCAUUUGGUUUAGGCAAAACAUCUGAUAAAAUUAACAGUCUCCCUAAUUUGGCUGCUAAAAUGCUUCUAUCUGGGUUUCCACUUGAACUACUAGAUGGAGAUGCAUCAAAUAUCCCAGAGAAAUGGGUUAAUGAUGUUCUCAUGGAACUUCACAGGAUGGUUGGCCAGAAGACCCGUUUGCUGGUUGUGACCGUGUUAGGGGUCCAGAGUACUGGUAAAUCAACACUGCUCAACACUAUGUUUGGAGUUCAGUUUGCAGUGGGCAGUGGACGAUGCACACGUGGAGCAUUCAUGAUUUUCCUUCCAGUGGGCAACGACUUGAAGGAGGAGUUACUUUGUGACUUUGUCCUUCUGAUUGAUACAGAGGGUUUGAAAUCACCAGCACUGGCACAACUGGAAGACAGUUAUGAGCAUGACAAUGAAUUGGCCACAUUUGUCAUUGGUCUUAGUGAUGUAACCAUCAUCAACAUAGCAAUGGAGAAUUCCACAGAAAUGAAGGAUGUCUUGCAAAUAGCAGUUCAUGCAUUUCUGCGGAUGAAGGAAAUUGGUAAAAAAACUGUUUGUCAUUUUGUCCAUCAAAAUGUUGCUGGUGUAUCUGCAUAUAACAAAAACCUGACUGAGCGAAAACAACUCCUCGACCAACUAAAUGAGAUGACGGUAAUUGCAGCUCAGAUGGAAAAAAAGCCAAAAAUAAAACAAUUCACUGAUGUUUUGGAUUAUGAUGUGAAAAAGAAUAACUGGUAUAUGCCAGGCCUAUGGCAUGGCACACCACCAAUGGCACCAGUUAAUACAGGCUACAGUGUGGCUGUUUUUGAGUUUAAGAAAACCUUAUUGGGAAUCCUUAAAACACGAAAAGAUGAACAACCUUUUCAGAUUCCAGAGUUCCUGCAGUGGAUGAGUAACUUGUGGAGCGAAGUGAAGUUUGAAAACUUCAUCUUUAGUUUCAGAAACAGUCUGGUGGCCCAGGCCUUUGACAACCUUUGCAAAGAGUUUUCAGAAUGGGAGUGGUCUUUCAGGAGACACAUUCAAUCUUGGCUUACAACUGAAAUAGUAAAAAUAUCUAACACUGAAAAACAAGGCAGUAAUGAGGUUCUCGAGCCACUUAAACAGAAAGCACAAAUAGAGAUUGCCUCUCAGAAAAAGAUUAUUGAUGAAAAGCUAAAUAACUACUACAAAAAAAAAGACAGAAAUGUAUACUUCGUUGAAAAGUACAAGGUUGAUUUUGCUAGCAGCAUCAAAGGUCUAGAGAAAGAAAUGGAAGAUGAAGUGAAAAAAAGAUUAGAAGCUGCUUUUCAGUUGAGAAUUAAUCAGAAGAAAUUAGAAGACAUUCAAACAAAUCAAAAAUCAAUUAUUGAAUGCCAAGUCCUUCAACUCCUGCAAAAUUACAAACAUCGUACGGAUGAAGUGUCUGACAAGGAACUCACUGCUGAUUUCGAAAGCAUGUGGAAAAGAGAAGUUGUAAAGAACAGUAGUGUAGAAGAAAAGGAUGUUCCUGCUGAUGUUUUGAAGCAACUGCGAGCAAGUUUAGUUAAUCGCAAUGUCAUGGAGGAUUUGCAGAAAGUUCGAGAUCUGACACAGUAUGGCCGAGAAAAAUUUCAGGUCAAAGACAAACAUAUUAAAUGGGAAAAGAAAAUACAACGUUUUUUUACACAAUGUAGUGCAACGAGAGAUCUAGAGCUUGUUGCAAAUAACAUAACUGUAUACUGUAGUAAAAUGAUUCAACAAUUUGCGGAGGAAAAAACUGACUACCAAAAUAUCUUUACAAAAGACGUGCUGGAGGAAAUUGAUGAACAGCUACAAAAAGAAGGUUCAAAAAUAAAUACAAAAUUUGAGCUGGAUCUUAAGUUGCACAUUUGUGGCAUUGCCUCUCGGAAAUUUCUUGAGAUGCACAGGAAAUUCCUCAGUGACAAAGAUCCCUUUAAACAUGUUCAGAAACUGAAGAUGAAGUAUCUGUCUGAUUUCAUUGAUUUGUACAGAGAGAAGGACCAGUGCCAAAGAAAAGCACAAGACUUCACUCAGCUCUGUCUCAAGCCAGCAGUCACUGACUACAUCAACCAGUCUAUUGGACCUGACAUUGUUGAUGCUGUUCUGCUAAACAACCGAACUGAGUAUAGUUCUCGAGUUCGUUUUCAGUACACUAUUCUAAAAGAGCUACUGGAAGAAUCUAAUUUUAAUGAUUUUAAAAAAUACAUUUUGGGAUACAAUGUUUAUGUCCAGGAUUGGAUAUACAAUCAUAUUGUUCAAUGCCUUUCCAAAGACAUAUCUCUGCAAAGUUUAAAAAUUAAGAAGCUGGAGAUCAUAAUGAAUACAAUCAUGAAAGCAAUGGAAGACUCUAAGGAUGACAAUGGCUCUCCUUUGCCCAACAAUGCAGCGGGUACAAAAAGGUUGAUCCAGAACUUUUGCCAAUCCAUGAGUCGUGCCAUCCCAAUUUCCAUGAACACAGUGGAAGGGGUCCUCUUUCAGAAUACAGGCUGUUGUGCUCCCUUUACCAAAAGUCUCUAUGAAUGUAUAAAUGACAUGAAACGACAGCUAACAGAAGAGAUUUUCAUGUCAACUGAUAUCAAAGAGACACUGAGCAAUGUAUAUUUGAAGCCUCAAAAGGAGCUCUUUAAAAGGGUCUUUGGAUGUGGAAGAAAGUGUCCCUUUUGCAAAACACCAUGUGAGGCAGGAGGAAAGAGUCAUACAGUACACUAUGCAGGUCUACAUAGGCCAAAGGGCCUUGGUGGCUUCUUAUAUACAGGAAAUAAUACUCUCUGUGAAGAGAUUUGUACAUCUAGUGUUCAUUCGAAUGGAACAUUUCAAAGUUAUGAAACUAAUUUCCAACCUCAUCCUUUCACUGAUUACAGGAAGCACUACCCAGACUGGGAGAUUGCACCUGACAAGUCUGCAAAGGCCUCAGAUUACUGGAAGUAUGUGCUGGUGACAUUUAAUACGAAAUUUGCUGAAAUGUAUAAAGCAGAACCAGCUGUAUAUCCAGAUGAAUGGAAUAAAAUCACUAAAAUGCAGGCUCUAAUUAGUCUGAAGCAAAACUUUAAUAUUAAAUAA